GGCCGAUCGGCAACAUGGCGGAAACCAAGGAAGUACAGAAUUCUUCAGACGAAACCAAUAUGCCUGUGGAUAUUUUUGAAAUGGUCAAGAAGCAAGAUGUAGAAGCCGUUAGGAGCUGUCUGGCCACUAUGAAGAAUGUGAAAGAAUUGUAUGAUUCCGAUGGCAUGUCCUUACUUCAGCAUGCAGCUUACAGAGGAAAUAAAGACAUGUGUCGAAUGCUACUUGAUCACGGUGCGGAUGUGAACGAGACGAAGCACAUUCACAAUUACACAUGCCUUCACUUCGCUGCUCUCUCGGGAAAUCGUGAUGUGGUGCAGAUGAUGCUGGAAGCCGGAGCCGACCCUGAUGCCACGAACAGCAUCAAUCGAACUCCGGGCCAAAUGGCAGCCUUUGUUGGCCAUCAUGCAGUGGUGGCUUCCAUCAACAACUUCAUCCCUAAGUCGAUGGUAGAGUACUACACAAAACCUCAAGGCUUGGAAAAAGAUCCCAAGAUUCCACCAAUUGCUGCUCCUGCUCUUCAUUCAUAUCUCAUUCAGGUUACACUUCAUCCUGUGUACUUGGCGCUUCACGUAUCCUCAGCAUCUCAUCUCAUCACCCACUGGCCUAAUAUGUGUCGGGUCCUCAAUCUCAUGUGCGAAAAGUACAUGAAGGCCACAGCUCCAGGAGGAAAUGAGAUUCUGGCCUUCAAGACUCACUACCUGGCUUUCCUUCUAGAGUUUUUUCUCAAAGAGAAAGACACCGAAGUGGAGGCUGAGAAGAACAAGGAGCAGGAUGGGGGAUGCCUUAGCAGUGCAAUACGGAAACUACUGAAGGGACGAGAUGUCGAUGGCUUCCCCGAGUACCAGGAGAGACUUCUACGUCAAGCAAUCAAGGCAUUCCCUUACACUCAGAGCACCAUCCUACAGCAGAUGGUGUCUUCGUUGGGUCGCACCCCCGUCGGAGAGCACCCAAUGGCUGUCACGGUGAUCCAGGGUUCCAUCAACGGGCAGCACAUGUUCACGGAUGAAGAUUCCAGCUGCACGACCUGUGGGCAUUCGUCCCAUCCUCCACCCAAGAAGUGCAAGGCCUGUCACGCCGUCCAAUACUGUGACCGCAGGUGUCAGCGUCUUCACUGGUUCGACCAUAAGAAACGGUGCGGCAAACUCGCAGCGCAAAACGAAGCCGCUCGGAAAGCAGUCGACCCUGAGAAGCCAGAGGUGGCUUCUGAGCAAAAGACAGUCACUGAGGAAUAAAAGGCUCUCUUGGAAUUGAGGAGUUCACUGGAAUAUGGCUUCGAGUUUCUUCUUUGAGAAAUGGGCUAAAGAAUUUUGCAUAUCCUAUUUUAUGCAAAGGUAACCUCCUAAACCUCCCUCUACCUCAUUGAAGCAGAACUUGAGGGCAGAUUCAAUGAUCCCCAAUCAUUUCUCUUGGGCCUGAGCUCUGCAUUCUAGGGGGUUGUGAUGCUCUUCUUGAUGCAUUUAAGAUAUCUCACUGAGGAAAUCCUGGCCCUUUGGAAAAUAAUUUUUUUUCCCUGCUUAAAGACAAAAUGGUGAAUGGGAAAGAUGGGGAGGAAAUCACCUGAGGGGAUUAAUGAACAGAAUAAGGUGCUAAAUGGUACCAUUGGAACGAUGCCUUAUGGUUGAGAUAAUAAAACAUUGCCUCAUAAUUUCUGUGAAUAUAAGUCAUUUAAUUACCUUGGUAGAGUCAGAAAAAUUAAAAUACAUAUGGAAUUCAUACUUUCAGAUACAUUAUUACUGUAUUCUAAACCUUUUUGCAACAUGGCAAAGACAAAUAAUCAGGCUGUGUUUUCUCAAAUUCUUCAGAGAAUUUGCAUAUGUGCCGUUUUCCAAAGAACUCCUCAAUUGUGUCGUUGCAUUGCAGCUCUUUCCACUGAAUGCCUUCCGUGUUCAAGCUCCUAGUCUUCUGUCGUACACGAUACUCGAUGCCCGAUCUCGGGGGCGUCGACGGAGUCGUUCGGGGCUCCCGCCGUGAUCGAUGUCCGCGUCUUCGAAUUGCAUGUUUGCGUAUUCCAUCGAUGAUGCCUCUGUGACCCGAUCUCUAUUGGAAGUGUUGUAUUUUGCACCCUGUAAAUGCAACGCAAUUCUGUCGUGAAGUCCCCGGAGUAAAGUACAAUAACCC